UGGCGUCUUCAGUGAAGUGAAAAUUGAUUAUAUUCGAUUAUUUAGGCUUAAUUCCUUGAUAAAUUAGUGUAAAGUAGGGCGUAGAUUCGCGUAGUGAAAGUAUAAAGUGUGAAAUACUCGUGAAGUGCAGUGAAAAUUGAUUAAAAAGGACUAUGAGUGUUGUGGGGAAUUUGGGUGGUGCGGGGGGAAAUUUGUGUUGUGCUGGAGCCCCCGCCGCGGGGGCAAGUGAUUUCUCUUCCCAGGUAGAUUCUGCGUGGGAAGAACCCUCGGCUCAAAGGGAGAGUCGAGAAGCCUACCCAUCCGGGUACGGUUCUCUUGUUACAUCCGUAACUCGAACCCGUGAGGGAGCCGUGAGGCACAAAAAGACAAAUUUGACGAAACCUAUGACGAAUUUGACAAAAAGCUCUGCCAAUGAUGCUUCUGCCAAGCACUUUCGGAUUAUUAAUCCGGAAGUGUUUGUCAGGGGUUCAUUCAGUCAAGACAAUAUUGACCUCUUUGGGGGUUUUGCCAACAAUAAGCAAAGUAUGGCUAAUUCGGUUGUUGCCAUCGCGUAUGCUCACGUGCUUGAUCCAAGUUAUUGGACAAGCACUACGAUUGAUGAGAUCCUUUGCCAAGGGAACGAAGUAUAUAUUUCCGCAAGAGAAAAUACGUCAGAAAUUUAUCUAAUUUCGGAAGAAAUUCGCAAAGAUUUUACGAUAAUGAGUAAGAAUAUCACUCUCGAUUACGCGAUUGAUGAUCUCGCGCUUGAUUUGCAUGGGGAACUAUGCGGUAAGCAUGAAUUCGGAAAUCUUCAUGUGAAACUGAUUGCUUUCUUUGAACGGUAUACACAUGGAGUCAUCACUUGUGGUGACCUCAGCGUUGCUGUUUUGAAGACAAGCAACAUGUUUUACAUGUUUGAUAGCCAUUCAAGGGGAUCGUUAGGCAAGUUUGUUGCUAAAGAUGGUACAUCUGUGCUUUGCGGAUACAGUAAUGUUUCCGAUUUGCACGGGAUUUUGAUGUAUAAUCUUUCUCAGGGAGAUAUUAAUUACAAAGGUACGAAGAUGUUUACAGUGACUGCGUAUAAAGUGGUACCAAAUCAUACAGAGGUAACAUUAAAGAUAAGUGAGCUUACUCCUUUGUGUGAGAGUGUUCAACACCAAGAAUUAGAGGAUGAUAACAACGAAUUAAAUCGUGAAAAUGAUGUAUGCUUAGAGCAAUUCGGAACAUCAGAGCCUACUGCAGCUUCUGAUUUCUGGAUUACACGUGCUCAAAAGAAGAAUGCCUACGUGAAGAAGAUUCUAAAAUUUAAACGUAAACUGAAGAGAAUGCAUGAAAAGAGGAUGCGCAGAGAUUUACUUCACCGCGAAGAUAAAUAUUUCGAAGAUAUGUCAAACGAGGAAGUCAAAGAAGAGUCAACAUCAAAAUCUCUUCCAGAGUUGAAGAACAAGAGUUUCGCAGUAAUGUCUAAGAAGCAAAAUGAUGAUUUUUCUGUAAUCCAAACUGGAGGUGGAUUUGUCAAGAAAUCAAAACAAACGAGACAAGUAAGUUUUUACAAACAGUUCGGUAUUGUUGUUCCAAACGUUUUUAUUUGUGGCUCCUACAGUCAAGAUAACGAAGCACUUUUUGGUUCAGACUCAAAUAACAAACAGUGUACUGCAUGUGCUGUAGUUGCACUUGCAUACACUCAUGUUAUUCCUGUAUCCAGUUGGAAAAGUGACACACUAAAUGAAAUUCUUUUGAAAGGGAAUGAUAUAUACAAUAUAUCCCAACAAUUCUAUGAGUACUUGUCUGUAAAUCAAGUUUGUAAUGAAUUUGAGAUACUGGAUACAAAAGUUAAUAUAGAGCUUGUUGAACUUUUUAAAGGUGACGAGUUCAAUCCUCUCGCUAUUGGUUUGCAAGGUGAGAUCAAGGGGAAGAACGGACAUAAUAGUCUAGAAUCUGCAUUGCAGCACUUUUUUGAACAUUUUAAUUGCGGAGUAUUUACAAGUGGAUCCGUAUCAGUCGCAAUAUUCAAAGCGAAUGAUCUAUAUUACUACUUUGACAGUCACUCGCGUGGGGCUUUUGGACAAUUUGUUCAAGAAAAGGGCACAUCCAUCUUGUGUGGAUAUGCUGACUUUAUUUCACUUCUAAAUAUUUUAAAAUACAAUUUUCUUUACGGAAACCUUGAAUAUGAAGACGAACGAUUUUUUAGCAUUACGCCAAUAUAUAUUAAAACGUGCAAAAUUAGAGAUGACAUAAAAUCUGAAGAUAGUGUACCACAUCUUGUAAAUGAAUAUGAGGAGAGUAAUAUACAAAGUUUAAAUGUAAAUCAGCAAGGCUCUGAAAUAAAUAAUCAAUUUUUAAAAUUAAAUACAAUACUUCAAAACAAGAAGGCAUAUAAAAAGCAGUUGAGAAAAACUAGUAGAGUUUAUCGUACUAGAGAAAAUGAAAACAGAAAGAGAAGACAUAUAGAAGAGCGUAAUGACGAUGUGAAACGACAAAUGGAAAAUGAGGCUAGAAAGCAAAGACUUAGAGAAGAGCGUAAAGACGACGUAAAACGACAAACAGAAAAUGCGAUUAGAAAGAAAAGACUUAGAGAAGAGCGUAAAGACGACGUAAAACGUCAAAUGGAAAAUGAGGCUAGAAAGAAAAGACUUAGAGAAGAGCGUAAAGACGACGUAAAACGACAAACAGAAAAUACGGCUAGAAAGAAAAGACUCAGAGAAGAGCGUAAAGACGAUGCAAAAAAACAAACGGAGAAUCAGGCUAGAAAGAUAAGACAUAUAAAAGAGCGUAAAGACGAAGUUAAACGACAAAUUGAAAAUGAUAAAAGGCGACAGAGACAUAUAAUUGAACGUAAAGAUCCAGCAGUGAGAAGAAAAGAAAAUAUAUCCAGAAAAAUUAGGAUGCAAAAGAAAAGUAAAUCUUUAAAUACUAAAAAAUUUCCAAAACUUAUUACUAAACGUAGCAAGAAUUUGAAGUCGAGGAAUAUACAAAUACGCUUUGUGAAAAAAAUUAGAAAAUCACAAAAAUCUAAUAUUUUAGAUAGAAAAAGUGAAAAAUCAAUUAAAUUAAAAUAUGCUAAUGUUGAUCAAUCAACUUUUGAAAACCAACUUAUGAUGUUUAGAGAUAGGCUACAACGAUCACUUAAGAUUAAAUCUAAUUAUAACUACAAAAAAUUUAAAGGUACAAAUAUGAAAAAGAGAGUUAAAAGACUACAAGAUAAAAGUCGUACUCUUUUAGAAUUUUUUGAAAAGAGAAAAGAAGUUCCAGAAUUCAUAUGUGGAUGCUGUGAAUGUAUAUUCUUUAAGCAUAGUGUUAGAAAACUAAAAAUUGAUAAAUGCAAAUAUUCCAACAAAUCUGAUCUGGAAGAUUUUCUAAAGAUUUCAGAUUAUUGUUGUAAUACGUGUCUUUAUUCUUUGAAUAAAAAUAAACUCCCAAAACUUGCUGUUAAAAAUGGACUGGCAUUUCCAGAAGUUCCAGAUUGUAUCAAAGAAUUGAGCGAUCUGGAAGAAAGGAUGGUUGCACCGAUUCUAAACUUUAUGGAAAUUCGCGAAUUGAAAAAAUAUAUGCUAAAUCCUCAAAAAGGUCUUAAAGGCAGCGUUGUACACGUUCCGGUAGAAAUAAAUGACAUGAUUAAAGUUUUGCCUCGUAAACCAAAUGAAAUGAAAACCCUUCAAAUUAAACUGAAACGGCACGAAGAAUAUAAAAACCAUUAUAUGUUUGAUACAGUCAGGCCUUGGAUAAUUAUAGAAGCAAUUAACUAUUUGAUUACAAAGCCACUCUAUAAGUUAGAAGGUAUAAGUCUCGAUCCCAAUUUCAUAAUUGAUAACGUAAAUAAUCAAGAGAUUCCUUUUAUAGUUGAUGUAAAUGACUAUGAUUCGAAGAAUACGGAAAAUGAAAUAACUAAAACUAAUAUUAUUGAAAUAAUUGAUGAAGAAGUGACAGAACAGGUAUUGGAUGAUUCCAAUUUCUCCAAAGAUCGUAAUUUUCAAGAUAUUCGUAAUUCGACAACUUACGUUACAAAUACUCACACUGAUAGAUUUAUUGAAAUUAUUAAUCAUAAUUUUGCGCAUAAUUUUAUGUUCCAAACUAACUUGAUUGAAGAACGAGGCCUAAAAUGGGUAACGUCAAAGGGAAGGUACAAGAGAAACGUACAAAUUCUAUUUCUGAAACCAACUGGAAAUUCCAAAAUUGGUCAUUGGGUAACAACUCUACAUGAAAACGGAUCUAUAAAAGUUUAUGAUUCUUUGCAUUGGAAUUCACUUAAUAACGAUUGUAUAAAUUUUUUGAAAAAAAUGUAUCCCACAACUAUGAAGAAGAGUAAUGUCAUUAUAUUUAUGAAUACGUUUCAGCAAAACGAUACUUAUUCUUGUGGUGUUCACGCUAUUGCAAAUAGUGUAGCUCUACUCAAUAAUAUUGAACCAAGUAAUCUAUGCUAUCAAGUCGGAGAAAUGAGAAAUCAUUUGGCUGAUAUGCUAGAUUCUGGUUCAAUUUCUAUGUUUCCUACAGUAUAUUCAAUGCCAACGCAAGUAUUUUUAGAUGUGUAUGAUAGACCAACGCAAAUAAUUGAACAAAAAACUGAAAUUGAAGAAAUAUCUGAAAUUUCAGUUUAUGAUAGACCUACUCAAUUGAUUCCUACGGUGUAUGAUCAGCCUACACAAAAAAUGUCACAAAUUUUGCAAUAUGGUGAUAAAAACAAAAAUAAUUCAGAUAAACAAGAAAAUCUAGAGGAUAUCAUUGAUUAUGGAGAUUGUGUACCAAAUGAAGAUAUAAUGGCAAUGGAUUUGAAUGAGUAUGUGACAGAAGCAAGCAAAAUUCAAAUUAUGGCCCCUGGGCAGGGAAAAAAACCUAUAUAUGCUAGUGCUAAUAAAAACUUGGAAUUCCUUUCUUUUCCAAAAAUAUAUUGUGGUGAAAAAUAUGAAAACGAAAAUAUUUAUUAUUAUCAACAAGUUAAAUCGGAACAGCUUAGAAGAGAUCGUAGAUGUUGUACUCCAACGAAAGUUUUGUACAGUUGUAACAAAAAAUUGCUACAAUCUGUUCAAAGUUCAAUAAAUACGGCAUUGCGAAAGUCAAAGAAAACGGAAACAACUACAGCUUCCGACGUCCUUAGUGAAAAUAAAUUGAGUAAACUCAUUGAAAACGAUGAUGGUUUUAGGUAUAUGAAAAAUAUCUCCCUAACUCCUGGUUACCUUGCAGACAAACAGAAUACUCUACUUGCCCAGAUUAGACAAUUGGGGAAACCACAUUUCUUUAUAACAACCACUUUUAGUGAACUGCAUUGUCCAGAACUUCUACAAAACUUGGCUAAAAAUGCAGGUCGAGAACUUACAUUGCUAGAAAGCAUGAAUCUCGAAAAAGCAGAAAAAACACUCCUUAUUCGUAAUGAUCCAGUAACGUGCGUUAGAUAUUUUACUCAAAAAGAUAAUAAUCUUAUGUCAUUGCUAAAAAUUGAUCCCAAUAAAAAUUAUGGAACGGGAAAAAAUAUUGUACAAAAAUGCGGUCCUUUCGAAGAUAAUUACGUUAUUGACUCUUUUGAAAGAUAUGAAUUUCAAAUGAGAGGAAGUGUACAUUCACACAAACUUGUGUGGUUGAAAGAUUUUCCAGAAUUUGAUGAAGAAAAUACUCAAUUCACUGAAAAGUAUAUUAGGAACGUCGAAAAAUUUAUGACGUGUAAGUACGUGGAUCCAGAGAAAUAUCCAUUGAUUAAAAAGCAAAUGCAUAAACAUUCAGAAACUUGUUAUAAAGGUAAACGAAAUAUGUGUAGGUUUAACUUUCCUAUACCACCAAUGGAUAGAACGGAAAUUCUAAUACCUUUUAGUAAGGAAGAAAGAGAGUUACAUGAUGUAAAUGCUCUUAAAGAAAUUUACAAAAGAAUUUACAAUGAGGUUAAAAAUUUUUCAAUCAAAUUUGUAGAUAUGUCUUUUGAAGACUUUCUUUUUAAGCUUGACAUAACAAGACAGCAAUAUAUAUUGGCUAUUCGAAGCGUCAUUAAGCGCCCACGCAUGUUUCUUAAACGUAGUAGCCUAGAAGUAAACAUAAAUGCAUAUAAUCGUGAUAUUUUGAAUUACACUGAAUCUAAUAUGGAUAUACAACCAGUCUUGGAGGUUAACGCUCUAGUAAAAUAUGUUGCAGAUUACGUAACAAAAUCUGACUCUGGAGUCACUAAAAUUUUGAAAGAUAUAAGUACGGAAAUAAAGGUUCAUAAAAACUAUACAUUGGAAGAGAGAUUGCGUAAAUAUGGAAAUGGAUUCCUAAAUAAUAAAUUGGUUUCCGCACAGGAAGCAGCUUAUUAUUGUCUAUCAAUUCCCAUAACUAAGUCAAGUAGAGGGUCAAUUUAUAUAAAUACUAGACCAAUUAAUGAACGAACUAGAAUAUUGAAACCAAAAAAAGAUUUGCUUAACCUUCCAGAAGAUUCUACUGACAUAUUUGCACAAGACAUUGUACAUAAAUAUGAGAAACGAAAAGGUUUGGAUAACGUUAGUUUGAUUGAAUAUGCAGCAGACUAUACAGAAGUACGCAGAAACAAUACGGAUGACAGAAAUGUUGACGAGAUAGAAGCAAGAGAAAGAAAAUAUUCCAAAAUUGUUAGAUACAGAGGAUAUCUAGAGAAAGAUGGGGAUAAUUAUUACCGUGAGCAAAUUUUGUUGUAUUUACCAUUCCGUAAUGAAAAAACCGAAAUUGAGGAGUGUGAUCACCAAGCAAAAUAUUUUGCAAAUCUAGAUGCUAUUAAAAAAAGUACGGGCUAAAUUUUCUCCUGUAUCGGAAAAUGCGCUAUCAGACGCGAUUAAUAAUCGUGAUAAUGACGAUGACAGUGACAUUGAUGAUGAUCCCGAUAGAAAUCGUCCAAUACAUAAAUCUCAAGAAAUUGAUGUUCUACCCCCCGAUCAAAAAACUGAUAAUCCAAAAGAUAAAUCAUAUAAAUUCGUUAAUCCAGUAAGAAUAUCUAAAGAUAGUUUGUUCGAAAAAUUGCAGUCACUCAAUGAAAAACAAAGACAGAUUGUAAUGCAUGUAUAUAAAUGUUUUACGUCAAAUAAUUUGCCAAUUCGAAUAUUUCUAUCCGGCUCUGCGGGCGUAGGUAAAACACGUGUAAUCAAUUGUUUGUAUCAAUUGAUUACAUCGCAUUAUGAUAAUAUGCCAAACGGUAAUCCAGAAAGUUUGAAGGUUUUGGUUUGUGCACCAAGCGGUAUGGCGGCAUUUUUGAUAAAUGGUACAACUAUUCAUAGAGCCUUUGCUCUUCAAGUUACACAAAAUCAGUCAAAUACUGGUUUGAGUGAUGAUGUUGCAAAUACUAUUCGUUGUAAACUUCGUGAUGUUAAACUAAUUAUAGUAGAUGAAGUUUCUAUGGUCGGAUCUAAUACAUUUCUAAAAAUGGAUAUGCGUUCGAGACAAAUUUUUGGAGUCAAUAGAAGUUUUGGAGGAAAAUCUGUCAUAAUAGUAGGUGAUCUAAAUCAACUAAACCCAGUGAAAGACGUACCUAUAUAUAAGCCACCAACUAAAAGUAAUGCUAAUAUUUUUAAUUCAAACCCUCUAUGGGACGAAUUCAAAUACUUUGAAUUGACUGAAAUAAUGCGUCAAAAAGACGAUUUGGAAUUCACAAUAGCUUUGAAUAAUUUGGCCGCUGGGCGUAUGACACAGGAAGAUAUAGCAUUGAUUAAAUCUAGAACUGUUAAAGACCCUAGUGAAGUCCCUGAUGAAGCAAUUAGAUUGUUUUAUAAACGUGUAAAUGUAGAUUCAUUUAAUGAACGCAAAAUUGCGAAUUUUCCAGGAGAAUUGUAUAUAUCAACUGCAAAGGAUAAAAUAAUAGAGAACAAAGCUACAAGUUCAAAACGGGAAAAGGAAAAUCUUAUACAUAUUCAAAAUAGACCCCCAACAGAUACAGGAGGACUAGUAUAUGAAUUGCAAUUGAAAUUGGGUAUAAAGUACAUGAUAAUAAGCAAUUUGGAUGUUGAAGACGGUCUAGUAAAUGGUGCUACCGGUGUAUUGCGUCAUAUAACUUUUGAUUCCUCGAAUAAUGUUAUCAAUUGUUUGGCUAGAAUUCUUUGCGGAGAGAGUUGGAAAAACUCGUGCCAAGGAACAACGUUUUCAAAAUUAUAUAAAAGAAAAUAAUUUGCAACCUAAUUUGAUUCCACUUGAAAAAGAUACAGCUACUUUCUAUUUGAGUAACAAAAACUCUUCUACAGUCGCUAGAAAACAAUUUCCGCUAAUUCCAGCUGAAGCACUAACUAUUCACAAAAGCCAAGGUCAAACAUAUAAAUCUAUUUGUAUUGAUUACACUAAAAGAGAGGGCCUAACUAUAGAUAUGGUAUAUGUAGGACUUAGCAGAGUAGAAUCACUCAAAGGAUUGCAUAUAAUUGGUGAAUUUGUUCAACCUAAUUUUUCAAAUUCGGCAAAACAAGCACAGGAAGUGAUUAAAGUACUUAGAAACGAAAGAUUUAUUGAAGAUCAAUUUAAAGAUAUUCGUACGUCUGAUAAAAAUAAAGUAAAGAUUUGUUAUCACAAUAUUAUUUCAUUGCACAAGCAUUUCAAAGACAUUGAUUGUGAUUCAUGGUAUAAAUAUUUUAACAUUGUAAUUUUGUCAGAAACAAAAACAACUAAGAAUUUUUCUGUUCCCUGUUUUAAAAAUUAUAAAGUACUUUAUAGACAAGAUAAUGCAAUAAGAAACAUUGGAGGCCUCCUUUGUUACGUAAGAGAUGAAGAUAACGAUAUGGUUAAAAUACUAACGGAAGAUGUGAAAACUGAUCUCACAAAAAAGUUUAGUUUAAGUCUUUUUGUUAUUGAAUAUCAAAACUAUCACAAUAAUUUUUAUAUUAUUACUGGAUAUAAAUCUCCAAAAGUUCCUUUUGAUGUAUUUAAAGAAUCAUUUGAAAAUGUUUCUUCUAAAAUACCUAGAUAUAGUCAAAUUAUUGUCAUUGGAGACUUUAAUUUUAAUGUCUCUUCACAUAAAACGGAUGAGAAAUUUUUAAAUUACCUUAACCAGUAUGGCUUGCAAAAUAAUUUGGAUGCAGAUCAAUCCACAACGAAGUAUGAUAGUCAAAUAGAUAUAGUUUUUUCAAAUAUUCCGUCAAAUAAUUUUACUGCUGGUAUAUAUGAUAGUUAUUUUUCUGACCAUCGUCCUGUUUAUUGUACAGUAGGAUCAAUAGAAGAAAGUGAAUCACCCGAUGAAACAGAUAAUGUUCCAGAACUACCACCUUCGGAGAUAACUCAAAUUUUGCCAUUAACAAAUACAUCAGAUGAUAAAAAUUCUGUAAAAAGUAAAACUUUCUCUCAAGAAAUUGAAUCUAAGCCCAUGAACACAGAAAAUAGUAACGUGACUAAUAACGUAGAAAACCAAAAUUGGCCAGCUAAUAUUUUACAUGAAAAUGGCAAAUACUUGUGGGAAGUGGAAGAUAUAAGUUUUCAAAAUCAAUUUGUAGAAUUGCAACAUAUAUAUCGCUUUAUGGAUAUUCUACAUGCAACUUAUCCCGAUUAUAGAAAAAUUAAUCCAACGUAUGGAUUUAUCGAUUAUCAUGAAGGUAAUGAUAAAUGUCCAGUAAUUCAACCAAAUGAAAAACAUUUGCAGUUUAUAAUUAGUUAUGAUCGACGUGAAAAUUUUAUUGGACAUUGGACACUCGCGAUUUAUAACGGUAACGAUAGAAUUAAUUAUUAUGAUUCCAUGAAUGGUGAAAUUCUAAAUAGAGAAGCAGAAAGACUUCUAGGCGCAUUGCACCCACAUCUGAAACCACUAAGAAAAUUUGUUACAUUUCAUACUGUAAUGAGACAGCCAGAUAACAUAAUGUGCGGAAUUUUCGCUAUUGCUAAUGCAGUUAGUUAUAUCUUAGGAAUAAAUCCAUGUGAACAAAAAUAUGACAUUAUGCGCAUGAGAAAUCAUCUAAAACUAAUACUAGUUGAAGGGGAAAUUUUACCUUUUCCUACAAUUUAGUAAAAUGACACUUUUAAUUUUAAAUAAUAAAGCUAAGGAAAAUAUUCCAAAAAUUAUUUAGAAAAACUAUCCAUCACGUGGAAUUAGAAAAUUUGGGGGGGGGGGGUUCGAGCAUACAGAGGUGUGAACCAAUGCAACAGGUAAAUGUAAAUUAACUUAAUAAUGUCUAUUCAGAUUAAUAUUUUCAUCUUUUUAAAUUAUUGGGACAGCGGAAUUUGAUGGCCCAUGUGGUGAAGUGAGUGUAGCGCCAAAUUGUAGUGGGAGGAACGUGUCAGAGGGCAACACAAUGUCGGAUUUUCGAGAAGAAUUGUUAGAUGGAUAUACGUCAGGUGUGUCUGUAUACCUGAGCUUCAGCUGAUUGUCGUACGAACAUAUAAAGUUGCCAUUUGUGAGCCGAAUGUUGCAUUGGACAUACCCGAGUCGUUCAACGAUGACACCUCUAGUCCAGCUAAACUUCCCACUGGGUGAGUAUUUUGUGAAUAUCUCGUCUCCUUUUUUGAAGGAACGUUUCUUUGCACUGUGGCGUCUAUUUUAUUCAUCCACUAUCUUUAUAUUAAUCCGGGCAUUGUUUCCACAGGCAAAUUUCGCAGCAAAUCAAAAAAACAGUGCGUGGCUUCCACAACAACACACUCUCAGUAGGGGAUUUUUUUCACGGGAGCUAUUGAAAUUGUUCUGCUUUUCGAGUGAGCGUUUGAGGGUGUCAACAAGCGCUCUACAGGCCAUUACUUACGGAAGUUUACGGAGUUAUGCUCAGGGUCUCCGAAAAUCCAAAACGAGCGAAGAUCUCGGUGAGUUUAAUGAGCUUCCUGGAAGAUUGCAGACGGUUGUGUUGCUUUUUGAAUCAACUUGAAGUUCACGGGAAGUUGUGAUGCUGCACCAUUCACCACAACGUCGUCUUGGUAGGCAUCUCUGGAAAUGAGAUCAGCCUUGAGAGUACAUCAACAUGCCCGAAUUGAUCCGCAGACAUGUAUUUGAUCCGGAAGUCAUAAACCAGUAGAAUGAGUGAUCACUGUUGAAGUCGAUUGACUGUGUGUAUUAGGAAUGCCUUUUUUCGAGCCAAAAAUGGACACGUGGUGAGUAGCGUGAAAUUUCUUCCAUAGAUACAUGGGAGAAAUUUCUUCACUGCGUAGACGAUGCUCAACCUCCUCUUUAUUUACUUUCCGUGUCCGUCAACUUCCUUCAGGUAUGGCAAAAUGCUUUUCUAUAGUCGUCCGGGUACUCGUGAUUUGCGACACAUCCAAUUGCAUAUGAUGAAGCUUUUGAGGCGACCACCUUUGGAAGUUGAGGAUCUUAAUGCGUCAGGAGCAGCUUGGAGAUGAUCCAGAAGUACACGCAGCUCACUCAUCAAGGAAAUGAACUUCUCCCAGAAUUGAAUAGCGCCUAAGUAGCUGAACAAUUCAUUGACAUUCUUCGGCGAUGGCUUCAAUUUUCGCCGGGUCUGGGCAAAGACCUUCUUGAUCUGUAAGUACACCGAGGAAUUUGAUUUGAGGAACAAAGAACUUACAUUUCCCUAUCUUGACAUGAAAAUUCCACUCGUGAAGACGAAGAAAAACUCUCUUGAGGGUGGAGAAAUGUUCAUCAGAAGGAUACUCGCGACGCAAAUGUCAUCAAAAUAGACCAUGACGACUGGUAUUCCAUGAAGCGCUCCACAAUGCCUUGAAAAAUCACAGGGACGCUGAGGAUUCCGGGAGGGAGCCUGUUGAAUCUGAAAACUCAAUGUUGGGUGUCAGGAAUUGACUCGACUCUUCAUUCACUGGUAUCUGAAGGUAAGCAUCAGACAAAUCCGCAUGCGUAAGAAUUCGCUUGUUUGAGAGUGUGCUGAACAAGCGAUUGGGCUCCAGAAUGGGAUGGUGAUUUGUUUCUACUGACUCAUUCAACCCUGUCGAAUAGACACCACAGUCCUAAUCUUGCCGUUUUGUUUCUUCACGACAACAAUAGGUGCAGCCCAUAUUGAUUAAUCCACUGGUCAGAUUAUGCCGGAUAAUUGCAGUCUCUGGAGUUCCUCAUUGAUUCUAGCUGUGGCUUUGAUGCAUAGACCCAUCUCAGUGCUGAACAUGAUGGAAAAGGAUUUCUGGAGAUCCUUAACAGCUCAAUCAUUCAUUCCAUUAAAUUCAUUAAAAAAAAAUAGGAAAAAAAAGUUUCACGUUUGGAUCUAGGUAUGACCCAAUGAGCACGAAAGGGUUAACCUAUCUCUCAAAAUUUUAUAUGACAAUACUUAGCAGAAUGAAUUUCUUUUAAAUAUAUUAUUUAGACUUAACUUAAUCUUACUUAAUGUUUCAAAUUAAACCUACAAAUGUAUCAAAAAAUUAGUAAAAUAAAAAGUAUGUUGUCCAAGAAAA